AUGUCAUUUUUGUUUGAUGAGCCUCUAAAGGUUGCUACUGUUGAACAGGAUGAUCAUAAAAUUGUUGAUUUUCAAGCAAUGAUACAGUCUUCGUCAACAUAUGACGUGGAAAAUUUACUGACAAAUACUGCAACUUCUGAUCUAUUAAACUAUUCGUUUACUGCUGCCGCUGCUGCUGCAUCUGAACAAUCAUCCGAUCUUGAUGCAUCAUCGGAUACUAAUUUUUGGCGACCAUUGUCGUCAAAUAUUACAAAUGAUUCUACAACAUUAGGACUAACAGAUGCUGUUGUUGACUGCGGUGAAAUGCCAGCAUUUUGCGGUUGUCAUCCAAACUACGAUUCAUAUGGUGAUGCUGAAAUUCGAGUUAUGGGUUUCAUCGCAUUACCAGUAAUUCUUUUUGGACUUUUUGCAAAUAUAAUUUCUAUACGAAUAUUUACUCAUCGUGUGAUGAUCAGUUCAUCAAUAAACUGGUAUCUGGCAAUACUGUCAUGUUCGGAUACGUUAAUUCUAUUUUCUGCAUUAUGCGUUUUAACGCUACCUCGUGUUGGUGAAAGAUUUCAUGCUUGGUUCUUGGUUGGUAUCUGGUAA